UUUGGCACCGCAUGGGAUAACGACCCAUAUGUUGUCGAUUUGUUGGUCACAAUAAUACUCUUCAAUCCCGAUCGACCAAACCUUAUACAUAAAGAGAUGGUUAAACUUCAGCAACAGUUAUACAUGUAUUUAUUGAAAAGAUAUUUCCAUAUGAAAUACGGGUCGAGUUGUGCGGCACAGGAAAGGUUUCUAAGGAUAAUUAACUCGUUGGAAGAGUUGAGCAAAUUUGUUACCAUUCAUAGAGAGGCCCAACGCAUGGAUUACAAGACACAGAUCGGCCCUUUGCUCCGGGAAGUACUCGAUUUGCCCGCACUCGACAACUGCCCAAACAAUAAUGAUUAUACGCUAACUGUGUUAUGA